AUGAUGAUGCAGCUGCCAGAAAGCCCCAACCAGAAAAACAACCUCUUCAACGCCAUGAACCGCUUCAUCGGCGCCGUGAACAACAUGGACCAGACGGUCAUGGUGCCCAGCCUGCUGCGGGACGUCCCCGUCGACGAGGACAGCGAGAUGAGCUCCCUGAAGUCGGACGUGGACGAGGGCGACAUGUACAGCUACUACCAGCUGCUCAAGUCCAUCCGCCGGGACAUCGAGUGGGGGGUCCGGUGCGCCGCCGCCGACGAGAGGCGCAAGGAGAGCAUGAUGAUCACCCGCACCAACUCCUCCGCGUCCACGUCCUCCGCCGCGUCAUCCGAGGACGACGAGGAAGAGGACGAGGACCUGGAGAAGCAGUUCCAGUACCACCUGACCGGGCUGCAAGGGGUGCUGUCCAAGCUCACGCAGCAGGCCAACUGCCUCACCAAGCGCUACAAGAAGGAGGUUGGAAUGGGAGGCUGGGGCCAGUAAACCCACAGACACUUAGACUGUGUUUUUUUUAUCACUUGACGGGCUGAACUGACUUCUCUCAACGAGCCUUACUGCUGCUGAAUCUGCUACUGAUGAAAUGUUUGGAUGGUAGAGAAGAAGGCAGCUGCUCCUGUCUGCAGGCCUGCGUGGUGUUGGUCUCCUCUGUGCUACUGACUGUAGAUGUGCGGAUCGUGAGGAAAGCAUUUGUGUACUUCUCACUUUGUCCUUUGCACUCCACGGUGUUGUACGCAAAGAUGCAUUCUGCUCACGUGAUGCACAAAUGAAACGUAUUUAAACCUUAAUUUAAUGUAUAUUUAUUACCUCAUGCUGUACAUUUGAGAGCCAAAUGUUAUUUCCAAGUUGGAGAAGAAGUGGAUGGUGUGAUGUACAGGAUCUGAACCGCCCCUCUGAAGGGGGAUACUGGCAAAAGAUUGAGCUUCCUGGCUGCGAUGCUGAUGAUGUUAGUGUGUUCAGAUUUGCUGUCCUGUGUCUGAUGAUUGCCUCUUUCAAUCUGAUGUGUUUUUAUAAAUCAGGCUUUUCCUAGAAGGAGGCAGAUGCUCGCUGUAGCUGCCCAUGAUCUCCUAAUGUCCCACAUGGUCAAUGAACUGGAAUCAACUGAUAAUUCUUGUGCAUAUAGAAUAAUGAGGGUUUCCACGAGACAUGCAUUGUUUGGUGUUGUCCUAUUUGCUGUUGUGUCCAUCUGUCAAGAGGAGCGAAUGCUUUUCUCUGCACCUUUUACACUGUUUUUGUACUAUUUGUUUCUAAAAUAAACUUUUAUAUAAACUUA